AUGUCGUUUUCCAAGGCAGUGCCACCCCAGCCGUGGUACAGAGUUCCGACGGGCUGGCAAGGACGCUUGUACGGCGGCGAGGUAGCAUUCGCCGCUUGUGCCACCCAUCCUGCGGGAGUCGGCCACGGAUCCCUCUCGAUGGACAUCACCGUUGCUCACACCGGACCGGUCACCCCCAGCCAGUUCAAAUCCCUCCUCCUCGCCGCGUGGGUCGACGUCCGCUUCAAUCUUCACCCAGCGCUGGCUGCCGUCAGCGGUGUGCCGUCUGACCUGCUCGAUACCGAUGGCUAUACAAUGCUUUACCCGGAGGUGGACGAGGCUGGGGCAAAGGCGUGGGCAGCAGAGACGGUCUUCGAGCACGGCGCGACGACGAGUCUGGAACUGGUGGCCUCGCUCCAACCCACCUCGCCUACAGCCCGCUCAUCAUGUGCCGUACUGCACUAUGUUCCGUCCUCCCAGCUCGACAACGUCCUCCAUAUCGUCCUCGUGGUCGGUCACUGGAUCACGGACGGCCGCGGGGCGUUCAAGAUCCUCAAUCACCUCGUCCAACACAUCAACAACCCUCGGUCGGACGCGUACACUUGGGGGACGAGGUCACCAGACUCACGGUACCCCUCGGGGUCGCCACCGGGCUUCCGACUGCCGGACCGGAGCAGCCCGACUCUCGCGCAUGCGGCGCCCUCGGCGGAUCUGGCACAGUGUGCUCCGGACGUCAUAUCCGACUUGACCCUGUCGGAAUCGGAUUCGGCCGCGUUGCUCAAGGCAUGCCGGGCGCAUGGCGUGACGGUCACUGCUCUCCUCAACGUCCUGUUCAGCAUGGUCGUCGCUGUCGAUCAGGCUGCUUUGGCACCCUUCAAAACGGUGUCGUUCCCCUUCCUCGCCAUCCACCACGGCCAUGCCCUCGUCGAGGACCACCGACACGGUGUUGGACUGCAGAUAUCAAUCGCACCUUUUGUCAUGGAGACGGGGACAGUGGCGGCGUGUCUGGAUCCGUGCCAGGUGCGCGUUGACGCCAUCUGGACGGCAGCAGGAGAAGCCAACAAGCGGCUCGAGGAAGGAAAGUCGACCAACAUCUCAAUCACCUUUGAGCACGAAAUUAUCCAAGCUCUACUUCCCGUCCUCCUCGCCAAUAACGGGGAGCUCUUCUAUCGUGAUGCUUCGCCCUUCGUUACCUCGGUCGGUCUGGUCACUCCGCUCUUCCCACAGUCGGCGGAUGCGACGUGGAGGGUGAUUGGCGUCGCGAACGGCUUCACGGCGCGCUGGAUUCACCCUGCUGCGCACUUCUGGGAGUGGCGGGAUCGGACGACCGUGCGGAUCGUAGCGAGAGCGGCGUAUGACAAGGAGCACUCGAUUGAGGGGAUGAAGGGGGAGCUGGCGGUGUAUAUCGAGGAGUUGCUGAAGGAAUACCAAUAG